AUGUCGUCGAGCUCGUCUUACGGCUCCUACGGUCAGGGAAAGGGCGCCUAUGCAUCCCGCCCCUCGACUUCAUCUACAUCCUACUCUGCCGCUUCCUCGAGCCUAUACACAAACUCAGGUAGCUCGUCACGCAGCAAAGCGUACAGCAAGCCACCCAUCAUUCACAAUGGUGGUGGUCAGAUCUACGACCCGAACACGUCGACGUCCGCGCCAAAUGGAGGAUACUACAAGUAG